GGAAUCAAAGACAGCUCGACACUGGGAACAGUCAAGUUACUAUAGAAUACAAACAAUACAACCAUCAUGUCUGAGUACGAUACGGAUAUUGCUGCUGUUGUCAUUGACAACGGAUCUGGGAUGUGUAAAGCCGGCUUUGCUGGGGAUGACGCCCCACGUGCUGUGUUUCCAGCUAUCACUGGCAGACCCAAGUACGACGUCUACAUGGCCGGCAUGGGGAGCAAGGACUGCUAUAUCGGGGACGAGGCACAAAGUAAGAGAGGUAUCCUCAGUCUGAAAUAUCCCGUAGAGAACGGCAUCGUCAACAACUGGGACGACAUGGAACGUGUGUGGCAUCACACCUACUACAACGAGCUGAGAGUGGCACCCGAGGAGCACCCAGUACUUCUGACGGAGGCACCUCUCAACCCCAAGUCUAACAGAGAGAAGAUGGUGCAGAUCAUGUUUGAGACAUUCAACACUCCCGCCUUCUAUGUGAGUAUCCAGGCGGUGUUGUCGUUGUACGCCUCGGGGAGAACCACUGGCGUCGUCCUGGACUCGGGAGAUGGCGUCUCGCACGUCGUGCCCAUAUAUGAAGGAUACGCCCUGCCCCACGCUGUCCGGAGAAUGGACCUUGCUGGCCGUCACCUGACCUCCUACCUCAGCAGGAUUCUACACGAGAGAGGAUACAACUUUACUACAUCAUCUGAGAAAGAGAUAGUUCGAGACAUGAAGGAGAAACUUUGCUAUGCUCCCCUGGACUUCGAGGCGGAGAUGGUGGCAGCUUCACAGUCCAGCGCCAUUGAGAAGGAAUACGAGCUGCCGGACGGGUCUGUGAUAACUCUCGGCAAUGAGAGGUUCCGAGCUCCGGAGUGUCUGUUCCAGCCAAGCUUCAUGGGUAUGGAGAGUGUGGGCGUCCACGAGAUGCUGAACAACUCAGUAAUGAACUGUGACAUUGACACUGCCUUCUAUGUGAGUAUCCAGGCGGUGUUGUCGCUGUACGCCUCGGGGAGAACCACUGGCGUCGUCCUGGACUCGGGAGAUGGUGUCUCGCACGUCGUGCCCAUAUAUGAAGGAUACGCCCUGCCCCACGCUGUCCGGAGAAUGGACCUUGCUGGCCGUCACCUGACCUCCUACCUCAGCAGGAUUCUACACGAGAGAGGAUACAACUUUACUACAUCAUCUGAGAAAGAGAUAGUUCGAGACAUGAAGGAAAAACUGUGCUAUGCUCCCCUGGACUUCGAGGCGGAGAUGGUGGCAGCUUCACAGUCCAGCGCCAUUGAGAACGAAUACGAGCUGCCAGACGGGUCUGUCAUAACUCUCGGCAAUGAGAGGUUCCGAGCUCCAGAGUGUCUGUUCCAGCCAGGCUUCAUGGGUAUGGAGAGAGUGGGCGUCCACGAGAUGCUGAACAACUCAGUAAUGAACUGUGACAUUGACAUCAGGAAGGAUUUGUACAGCAACGUGGUUUUGUCAGGAGGAUCAACAAUGUAUCCAGGUCUAGCAGAUCGUAUGAUGAAGGAACUUACCAACAUUGUGCCAUCCACAAUCAAGGUCAAAGUCAUUUCUCCACCAGAACGGAAGUACUCGGUGUGGAUAGGUGGCUCCAUUUUGGCCUCGCUUUCGACCUUCCAAGAGAAUUGGAUUUCCAAGCAGGAGUAUGAUGAAUGUGGACCUAGCAUUGUUCACAGGAAGUGUUUCUGAGCCCCACGUUGGAACAGAAAGUUGGGAAGCUGGAGGGGCCCAGCUA